AAUAAAAUUACUGUUCUAUCUCUUGUAUAAGAAAUUAAUAAAAAUGCUUCUUGAAAUUAUAAUUACUUCCAUAAAAUUAUUAUAAAGUAAAACUUAAAGUAAAUUUUUCUAUUUGGAUAUAAGUUUGGAAACCUUAUUAAACAAUGUAAUUUUCGAAUAAUUAACUGAAAAAUAAGCAUUAAAUUUCGUUGUACAACCUUUAGCUGACACGACUAUGACUGCUGCACACAUUUUGUUCAUGGAGUCGGCCAAUUUUCUAAUAAAAUUCUCUAGGUAUUUUUUGUCAGUCCUUUUAAAGCCUUUUCAGUAGGUUUGUCUUAUUUUUUAUUAUGUACCACCGCAUAUUCCUUUCGAAAUAAUCCCAAACAUGUUCUAUAGGGUUUAGAUUCAGUAAUUGUGAAGGCCAUUGCAGAACCGUUUCUUGUUCGAACUAGUCUUUUAUGUAUUUGGAAGCAUGCUUUGGGUUGCUGACCUGCAAAAACAAUCAUCUUAGUGGAAUAUUAUCCUCUGCGAAAGCAAAAAAAGGUAUAGAAUAUAUUUUCUAUACUGUCGGGACUAAAUUUGAGCUAUACUUAUCAAGUUAUUAUUAUUUAAUCUCUAAUAACUUGCAUGUUAUUGAUAACAAUUAAUACAUUAAAGAUAAAUAUUUGGAGAACUUGUACCUACACAUAUUAUUGCGAAAUGUUACAAGAUGAUGAUUAUUUCAUGGCGCUGGCAGUUUUGGCCUCAAAACGGAGCCCCGAUCCAAACACUAAAGUGGGAGCGUGCAUCCUAGACAAAAACAAAAACGUAAGUGCCCUAGGUUUCAAUCGUUUCCCUAGGGGAUGCCAAAAUUUUCCGUGGUCCAGAGAAGGUGAAAUGCUGGAAACGAAAUACGCUUACAUCCUGCACGCUGAAACCGACGCGUUGACUAAAAAAACACUAAAUGUUGAGGGUGGUGAAUUGUAUGUGACUUUGUUUCCGUGUAACGAAUGUGCAAAACUCGUCAUAGAGUCGGGAAUUACAAAAGUCACUUAUUUAUCUAAUAAAUACGAGGACACGGAUGCAGUGAAAGCUUCGCGGAAAUUGUUGGAAGCUGCCGGAAUAAAAUAUAUAAAGUUCGAGCCUAAAGGAAAUGAUAAGGUUGAAUUAAAUCUUAAGGAUUGAACUAUCUAAAGAAUUUGCUUUGA